GAUUUUUUUAUUUGGUGUUGAUAAUUUUAUAAUUUUGUUAAAGUUAAAGGUUAAAAUGGGUAUAAGAAAGGAAUGGGAAGGGUGAAAUUGGAAAAAAUUGAAAGAAGAUUGCAUGAGAAAUUGAACCGGUGGUUUUUUUGGUUUCACCGGUUCUAUCGGUUUUUAUCGGUUUUACCGGAAAUGUGUACGUUCUCCAUAGCGUCUUCAGGGAAGAGGUGCUUGUUGGAGACGUACUUGGCGAGGGGAGGGAACGUGGAAUACCAAUGCAGGACGUCGGACGUGGUUGUGCAGGGGAUGGCAGGGUACGUGGAGACCAACGAGUGUGUGGCUGCCUGCGGCGUUGAUAGGAACUCGGUUGGCAUUUCCUCCGAUGCACUCCUCGAGCCACAAUUCACCAACAAGCUUUGCUCCUCUGCUUGCUACCAAAAAUGCCCCAACAUUGUUGACCUUUACUUCAAUUUGGCAGCCGGAGAAGGGGCAUUUUUACCGUCUCUUUGUGAGCUUCAACGCACCAACCCUCACCGCAGCAUGAUUGAGUUCCUGAGCUCUGGUGGUUUCCUCGGAGGAUUAGGGGCGACAUACGCUCCUGCCCCUUCUCCCCAGUAAAUCAGCCGAAUGUUGAUGAUGGUUUUCAUUGAUAUGAGGAAUAAUUAGCGAAUUAGGAUAUAUGUUUGGGUUAAUUUAAUUUGCUGGACGACAUUAUGUAUUGUGAGAUGCUAGAAUAUUGUUAGACAACAUCACUCUCUUAGAAAUAAAGCGCUACAUUCCAC